CACUACUAGCAAACCAGAAAUGGAAAAUCAAAGCCUUAUUUCUCUAUCAAUAUUUCUUUCUCUUCUUCUUACUACUGCUUCUGGUCAACUUAGGCCAGAUUUCUACAGGGGCACAUGCCCAAAUGUCGAAUCCCUAGUCCGGUCCGCCGUUCAGACCAAGUUCCAGCAGACCUUUGUCACUGUUCCGGCAACUCUUCGCCUCUUCUUCCAUGACUGCUUCGUCCGGGGAUGCGAUUCUUCAGUUCUGCUGUCGUCGCCAACGAAUUCGGCAGAGAGAGAUCAUCCCGAUGACCUAACGCUGGCCGGAGACGGAUUUGACACCGUGGUCAAGGCUAAGGCUGCCGUUGAUAGCGAUCCUAGAUGCACAAACCAAGUUUCUUGUGCAGAUAUACUUGCUCUUGCUACUAGAGAUGUUGUUGGAUUGGCAGGAGGUCCUUCUUAUACAGUUGAAUUAGGUAGGCGUGAUGGGAGAAUAUCUACUAUAGCUAGUGUUCAACACAGUCUUCCACAACCCAGUUUCAAUCUAAACCAACUCAACACCAUGUUUGCUUCACAUGGUCUCACUCAGACAGACAUGGUCGCGUUAUCGGGUGCACACACAGUCGGAUUUUCUCACUGCAACCGAUUUUCGAGAAGAAUAUACAACUUCAGCCCCACAAACAGGAUCGAUCCGUCGCUCAAUUUUAGAUAUGCAUUGCAAUUGAGACAAAUGUGUCCAAUAAAUGUUGACCCCAGAAUUGCAAUCAACCUGGACCCAACCAGUCCUCAAACAUUUGACAAUGCUUACUUCCAAAACCUUCAACAAGGAAAGGGUUUGCUUACUUCUGACCAGGUAUUGUUUACAGAUCCAAGAUCAAGAGGCACUGUAAACCUAUUUGCGUCAAACAAUGGAGCAUUUCAGCAGGCCUUUGUGACUGCAAUCACCAAACUAGGCCGCGUCGGGGUUUUGACUGGAAAUCAAGGCGAGAUUCGACGCGAUUGCAGCCGUGUUAAUUAGCGAUAAGAUUGUUUGGAUUUGAAUGUGUUAUGAUCAUAUGUGUUAUUCCAUGACUUCAUUAUGAAUUUUCAUUUUUGUAAGAGCAAAUCAAUAAAAGUUUCAAUCCAAUCUUCAUAUGAUUUUUGGUGAAAUCCAAUGAGUUUCAGUCCAAUCUUCAAAAAAAAAAAUGGUUUAGA